CAACAGACUUCACUAUUUCCCACUUUACGUUGGAAUCUUGAAUACAGUAAACGUUACUUCUGGUCUCCAAUUCAGAUAAUGAUCAUCGUUCGCUGUUCGUGUAAUCAGAAGUCAUUUAUGCUGAAUAUCAUCAUAACUUUAUUUGUUUCAGCUGAUUUUGAUUAACUUCUUUUGAAUAAGCUUAUCUGAAGACUAAGUUCUGAAGAAAUCAAAAACGCAAAAAGUUUUGGAUUACAUUAUUGACAUUUUCAGAAACUACAGUGAUUAAGUUUUUAUUCGAGCGCAUUUCAAAUUUAUUAAUUACCUAUUAACAUAUAAUGUUAUUUAUAUAAAUAUUUUAAAGAGAGUAUAUCCAUUUAAGUUGAAUUACAUCUAAAACUAGAAUCCUAUUUUUUAUUAUUUAUUAUUUUCCAUAAUUUGUGGUUAAUAGCAGUCUUAUUUAUCAUUAUUAAUGACUUUUAAAAAACAGCUGAAACCGCUUCUUCGUUCAAAGAAUGAUAUUUUUUUUACAAUACCUGUUUUUUCAUUCUCAAAAGCAUCUGGAUGAUCUCUUACAUUCAAUUUUUUUUGUAUAAUUUUACACAGCCAGCAUAGUUUCAAAAAAAAUAAUUUCUCAAACUAAUGAUUACCUAAAAAAUAAGUCAUUACUACUUGGUUUAUGAAUUGAAAUGGGAAAUCUUCAACCGAAAGAAAUCGAUCUCUUAGAAGCCUACAUGGAUUCUACAACAGAAGAGAUCUUAUAUUCCAACGCAUCUGGUUGCAAGGAAAUAUACAAUGCUCUGUUAAGUGAAAAUCUGACCACUAUGCAUGAAAUGGAAGUUGACCCGGAAUAUUCCGCUUUGAAUUAUUCGGAAAUAUAUUUAAGGUGCUUCAACAAUACGAUUCCAAGUAGUAUUUUCAACCAACCCUACAUUCUUCCUUGGUAUCAACAAUUUUUGUGGACUAUGGUUUUUGCGAUUAUGAUAAUUGUGGCAAUUGUUGGAAAUGUGAUAGUCAUGUGGAUAAUCAUGGCACACAGGAGAAUGAGAACUGUUACUAAUUUCUUCCUGUUGAACUUGGCGAUUGCUGAUUUUUUGUUGGCGAGUGGAAAUGCCACGUUCAAUUUUGUUUUUAUGUUGAAUAGCCAUUGGCCGUUCGGAGGAACUUUCUGCAUCAUCAGUAAUUUUCUUGCUAGUCUGACUGUAUCCACAUCUGUUUUUACCAUAUUGGCUAUGAGUUUAGAUAGAUUUGUGGCAGUCACUCACCCAUUACGUCCUCGAAUGACCAAAACUUUGGCAUUAAUCAUCAUUUUCAGUAUUUGGACUCUCAGCUCUCUUUUAUCUAUACCAUCCAUAUUGUACGCAACCACCAUCACGUACAAAUACGCAGAUCAGGGACAGCGGACCCUCUGUUAUUUGGUGUGGCCUGAUAACACCUCUGGCAAGUCGUAUGCGGAUCAUGUGUACAAUAUAAUCUUCCUUCUUGUCACCUAUGUCAUUCCAAUGUGCUGCAUGGCUGUUACCUACACAUGGAUUGGUUGCAUACUUUGGAGAAGUAAAGUUAUUGGAGAGAAUUCAGAUCCACAGAAUAAUGUGAUCAAAUCCAAACAAAGGGUAGUUCAUAUGUUGGUAGCUAUAAUGCUGCUUUUUGCCAUUUGCUGGCUUCCGUAUCACAUAUACUUUUUAUAUACAUACUACAACAGCGAGGUGCUUCAAACACACGUCAUUCAGCAUGUCUAUUUAGCUAUUUAUUGGUUAGCUAUGUCCAAUUCAUGUUACAAUCCCAUUGUAUAUUACAUAAUGAACGCUAGGUUCAGGAACUAUUUCAGGGAGGUCAUGUGCCCAUGCAAAAAGCCGUCUAAGUCACCCGGAACAUCAGGUUAUGCCAAAAAUGGAAAUUCUUAUCCUUUGCUACCAAGAGCUUCAAUAUAUACUUCUCACAGAACUCGUUCUACCAGAAUUAUAAACAACCACAUAAUGAGAGAAAGUGAUCUGAAUAAAACAAUUAAAGAGGAAACAAACCACCUCGAAAGUUGUUAAUGCCCACUUAUUACUUUUUGCCUAAGAAUUUACUUCAUUUCGUAACAAAACCCAGCAUAUUAAAUUCGGAAAUACACUUGAACGUAUGAAGAAAUCUCAUUAACACCACGCAAUGAGGAACAAGAAUAUUUUUUUUAAUAUUUAAAACGCACCAUUUUUCAAGUGUGUGUGUGUGAAUCCACCUGAAAACUUUUGUAUAUGAAUGUGGUUAAUUCUCUGUUUCUUACAAGCUGCGUUGUUUAUGAAGUACUUAAUUUCAUUCAUAUCAAAUUUAAUGUUGCUACUUUAAGAUGUAUUAUGAAACGUAAAACAUUUUCAAGAGAAAAAAAAAUAUUUGUAUUAUUUUAAUAAAGUUUAUGUGAGUCUU